AUGGAAACAGGAGUUGGUGUCGGUGCCCUGGUGAUGUACGUCGCCUGCAUCCCGUCCAACAGCAUCCUCCUGGCCUGGCCCAUCUACUACAUGGUCAAGUCCUGCUCCAGCGUCCUGCCCUGGACAACUUGUGGCAACGACUGGAACACCAACCUGUGUGUGGAAGACGUGAGGAACGUCACCUACAGCAGCCACAACGGAACAAGUGCGGAUGAUAACAUUACUGCUGGUGCCACACAACGCUGGGAAAAUGUCACUCUAGGUCAUACAGCGGCCGAGGAAUUCUGGCAGUACAAUGUGCUGAGUAUAUCUCGAGGUUUGGAGGAGGUGGGCUCUGUCCAAUGGCACAUCGUGGCUUGUUUGUUCGCUUCAUAUGUCAUCAUAUUUCUGUGCAUGAUUCGCGGGGUCAAGUCCGUGGGCAAGGCAGUGUACGUGACGGCAAUAUUGCCGUACAUACUCCUGAUCAUCAUCUUCAUCAGCACACUGAUUCAACCGGGAGCAGGUUCCGGUCUGUUGUACUACGUCACGCCGGACUUCCGGAAACUACAGGAUGUGAAGGUGUGUUCAGCAGAAUGUACGGCGCAGACCGUUCUGGCAGGGUUCGGUGGUAGGGCUUUGUAG